GGGAUUUUCUUUAAAAAAAAUUAUGAAUUUUGCAAUUCAGUUUUUGUAUUCCAAGGGAUUAGGCCAAAGAGACGCCGUUGACGAUUCCGAGCCGGAAGAGGACAGCGAUCCUUUCUGGAGCAGGUUGGAAAGCCCGUAACCUUCUGUGUCCUCCCAACGUAGAAGCCAUGGACAGUGCUAGAGGCCUCAGUGUCCCCCCGACUCCUUCCCGUCUUCUCCCUCCCUGGGGGGCAGUAGUUGGAUGCCUGCUUCACAUCGUUGUGUUUCUUUUUGCUGUGCUUUUUAGCUGUGUCCAGACGCUGUUUUCAGACAAUGGUAAUAAAAAUGCAACUAAAAAGAACCAACCCCCUCUCACAAGCAAAGAUCAGGGUCAAAAAAAUUGCCUUGUGCCCUGUGACCAGAAUGGACCCCGUCCAUUGGCCAUCAACCCCGAAAGACUGAAAGGCUUCGUGGAGGAAGAACAUUUUAACGGGGAACUGAGCACAUGGGAAAUGAACGUGGCAGGGAGCGCCGAGGAACUGCUGAAAGAAUCUGUCGAACCCACCGCCCAGAAAAAUCGCAAGCCAAGCAUUCGGCCCAAAAAUGACUUCCUGAGGUUUGAGGACAUCAGUGCGGCAGCCUUUAAAAUUCAGGGUGGCGUUCAGAAAACUCCAUGCAUGUAUUCAAGGAUUUCAAAGCAGUAUGGUGUGGACAUUUACCUGAAGAAAGAGUUCUUGCAGUACAUAGGGUCCGUGAAGGAGAGAGGGGUGUUAUACCUACUCACAUCGCUAAGUCAGGAUCAGCAGAAAAAAGGGGUGAUUGUGGCUACGGACAGUAACUUUGCGAUGGCGGUGGCAUUUCAUGCCUCUGAGCUGCAAAUUCCUGCUUUUGUUAUCAUGUCUGCUGGGACAUCGCCUGGACGGGUCAAGAUGUGCCGCGACUAUGGUGCCAUGGUUAUAUUGUUUGGCCCCACGGCAAGAGACGCUCGGAGUCACGCCAUGCGGCUGGCCGAAGAGAAUGGCUACCUCUACAUGGAAGAGGAAGACAGCGCUGCUUACCUGGCUGGUCUCGGAACCGUAGGUCUAGAAAUCUACGAGCAGAUGCCCUGCUUAGACGUCGUCAUAUUCCCUGCUGGUGGACAUUGUGGUCUGCUGGCUGCGUCAGCCGCUGCUCUGAAGCACCUGAACCCCAAAAUCUCAGUGAUUGGCGUAGAGAGCGCAAAAUUUCCCAUCGUACAAGAGUCUUUGAAAAUUGGACACUGCAUGACAGAACACGACUGGAUCACGCACCCGUUGUAUGGAGAGCUGGGUGGACCAUCUUUUGGUGGCAAUACCUUGAAGUUAACGAAGAAGCUUGUAGAUAAGGUGAUCUCGGUGAGAGAGGAGGACGUUCUUCUGGCCAUGCUGAGGUUGUUAGAAUAUGAGCGGGUGACGGCCGACGCUGAGGGCUCCAUGGGACUGGCCGCUCUGAUAGCGGGGGCACUGCCAGACUUCAAAGGGAAAAAGGUAGGCGUUGUCGUGUGCAGUGCUAAUCUGUCUUUGCCUUUACUGCGUCACUGCCUGGAUCGAGCUCUGGUCUUGGACCAUAGAGUUUGCAAAUUCUCCAUCGUGCUUCCUGACUUUCCUUGGGAAAUCACCAAGCUCAUGGAAGCCAUUGGGCGAGAAGAAGCCAGGGUACUGGACAUGCGGAAAGAAAACAUUUUCCCGAAUACAGAUCUUUUCACUCUAGAGGUAACUUGUGUCGUGGAGACGAGAGAUAAAACGCACGCCACGCAGCUGAGAAACACCCUCUCGGAGAAAUACCCAGCCGCGCAAUGGAUCUCGCAGUGACCGAAGCGGCUGGGCGAUGGAUGAUGCAAUAAAGCCUUAACCACUUCACUGCCGAAGGGGGGGAGGGGUAGCCGGGCACGACACGCUCACCUUAUCUGGUCCUAAAAGACUAGCAAAGACGCUUUAACUCAUAACUCCGUUUUUGAGGCUUAGAAGGGGUUAAACAGUGUGCUCAUCUAGAGCCUGAAUUAAUGAUGAGCGCAGGCUGCGCAUGCUUAUCCAAUAAAAGAAUACUUUGCUGG